AUGGACAGGAAGCGGGCGCAUGCCUAUUCGGAAGGCGGCGCGCCAAGCGGUCCGUUCGACACAAAACGCAUGCAUGUUGAUGAUGGAUUCGAUGACGACGAGAAUCCCGACUACGCGCGCCUAGAGCGCUUUCGCAAGGAAGCGAUAUACCGAUGCAUGCGCGAGGCAAAGCGCGAUGCGAAACGUGCGAAUGCAGUAGUUCAGAUGCUCGAGCUGCGCAUGCACGAUAUGCGAGGGUGCAUUCUCGCCGUGAAUCAGUUUUGGGAUGCACUCCUGGAAUCGGUGCAUUUGCUCGACGAGCAAAUCAUCGGCGCGGAGCUGUGUGGUGCCUUGGCGGCCUUUGCACCACUUUCACUAGAGAUGCAUAAUACCGAGCAGCUCGCGGCGCUGGCGCAACGCGCAGAAAUUGCAAACAAAGUGCUUGCUGCGCUGGUAUCGUACGCUGCGCGCACACGGCCGCAUGAAUCCGUGCCCAAGGCCAUGCAGGACCUCCAGGCACGGUGCCAAACACUUGCAAACGAAGCGAGCGCCGCUCGGCAGCAAGUCCAAGCGACGCACGCCCAGCUGAGCGCGACAGAGUCCGGCAAAGCACGUGUGACAGAGGACUUGCGCGCAGCGCAGCGCCAAUUAGACCGCUCGCAAAGCGGGCUUGUGCAGUCUAUCGAGGACCCCCAAGGCAAAGCGCUGCGCGAUGCAUCCACCUCACAAAAAUCCGAGCCCACGCAAGAGACCGAAGAGCAGCAAAGCACGCCCAAUGGCACGGAUAAGGACGCAGCGAUCGAGACGCAGCAAGCGGCGAUCGCCGCGGCACAAGAGGAGCUGGAAUCGGUGCGCAACCUUGCACAGGCGCGCCUCGAGGAAGCGCACGCUGUGCGUGCCGAGCUGCUCGACGCGCGACAGCAAAUUGCGGCGCUCGCAUCCCAGUUACAGUCGCUCCCCGACGAGCGCAUACGUACCCAUCCUGCAUACCACGAGCUAUUGGCCGAGAUGGUAUUCCUGCAGCAGGAAGCCGAGCGUUUGCGCACAGAGUGCGCCGCUACGCAAAAAGAAAAUGAAGACAUGCGCGAGUUUCGCGCGGAGUUCCAGCACCAAACAGCGACGCAGGCCAAUACACACGCAGACGAGCUCCAGAAACAGGUCCGCACGCGCGACACGGAUAUCGUUCGCCUGCGCGGCCAGCGUGACGAGCUGAACGCAGAGAUGCUGGAACGCCGGGCGCGCGAUACUGUCAAAUUCACCCAGGUCGAUGACCUCAAAGCACUCCUUGCGGCAAAAGACGAAAGGAUGGAGGCGCUUAAAAGCCAGGCGCACAGGCUCCAGCUGCAGGUAGCUGCGCUCCGUGGCGAUACCCUCGCCGUGGAGCGACUCAAUGCGGACGGUGUGGACGUGCUGGCGAAAAGCAUGACCGAGCUCGCGUCGGAAAAUGCAGCGCUCCGCGCGCAAUUGGCGAGCGACGACACGGGCGCAGAGACGCAUAAAGCGCUUGCAGCAUGCAAGGCACUCCUUGCAAAAGCAACCACGCCAGAGGAUGCGCUCGAGCGCUGGUCUGCACUCCAGCACGAGGCCACGCAAGGGCGCCAAGAAGCAGACGCUGCAAACGCGUCUGCAGCAGCGAUGUACGAUGAAGUAGACAGGUUGACCGCCGCAUACGACGUAUUGGAGAAGGAAACGAACACAAAAUUAGCCAACCUUGCGCGGCUGGAAGAAAAGAUUAUGCGGCUCACGACGGAAAAGUCAAAAGCGGACAACAAGUACUUUGCUGCCAUGCGCGCAAAAGACGCGGUCGACGCUGAAAAACGGACGCUGGCACGCAAUGCAGAGCGGCAAAGCAAGGUUAUUGAGCGGUACACGGAAACAGAAAAAGCGCUUGGCGCACAGCUGGGACAGGCGGAGAAGGAAAUCAGUGCCCUGCGCCGUGGCGUACAAACACACACGACCGCACUUGCCGAGAUGGAGCGCGACAAGGCGUCCAUGCGCCGGCGUUUGGCCGAGAUAGAGCGUGCCAAGGCCGCUGCCGACGCUGCUGCUGCACAGCACCUCGCGACGACGAAUGCUGCCGCCGACGCACAAGCGCGCGCAGAAGAACGCGGCGCGCUUCUGGACAAGGAAUUAAGCCGCACCAAGCGCCUUUCGUCUGGCACGGUAAAAAAGAAGGGCGAUUCGGAAAAUACGCAUUUGGAGUAUCUCAACAGCCUGCUUCGCUGCUCGUCGUGCAAGGAGCGGUACCGCAACCGGAUCAUCACGCGAUGUCUGCACACCUUUUGCGACGAAUGCGUGAAUGCGCGCAUCCAGACGCGGCAGCGAAAGUGCCCGCACUGUGCCUCGGCAUUUGCCACGAGCGAUGUGCAGGUCUUGUACCUGCAGUAG